AUGAAUGGCUUAAAUGGCUUGAAUGGUUCCGAAGUGGACAACAAUCCAAACACAGCAGAAUCUACAGAUGCAAAUAAUUUAGACUUAAAUAAUGCAGAUGCUAGCUCACCAUCUCCACCACCACCCACAACCACUACCCACAAAUCCCACCAAUCAAAUUUAUCUAUCACUAGCCUCGGUUCAAACCCUUCAACCAUGCUUUUAAGCUCAUCUCUCGAUACCCUGGCUAACACGAAAGAUGGAAAGAAGUCUCCACUACGUGAAUCGAUAGCUAAAGCCAAAGAAAGUUUAAACAGUGCAAAUCCCAAUUUGAUAGAAAUAUUUGAACCACUUAGUCAAGGUUGCUACUCCAAAUCAACUUUAGCGACUUCAAUUGACGCAAUUUCAAAGUUGGUCGGUAGCAGCUUAUUUAGAAAUGUUAGUAGCUUAGCAGAUAAGAUUACAAUGACUGUCUGUGAUUGUUACUCGAACAACAACUCCCUCGAUGAUCACAUUAUCCUUCAAAUUGUCAAGGCUCUUCUAGCAAUUGUACUUUACAACAACCCAACUGGUCUCAUUCACCACUCCACUCUUCUCACUGCUAUUAGAACUGUGCACGAUAUCUUCAAAUUUAGUAAGGAUCAGGGCAAUCAGAUGAUUGCGCAGGCUGGUUUGACUCAGAUGGUUAACGCUGUAUUUUCACGUCUCAAAAACGCAUUCCCUGCUGAAUCUCCUCAAUUCCAUAAAACCUCAAUUAGUUCAAAUCCAAUUUCUACUAGCUUUUCACAAGAAGACCACUCCAAGCCUAUCGAUCAAAAUUCUACAGAGGAAAACCUCGAAAACAUCGAAAACUUCGAGCAACUUGAAAACUCGAAUGACGACGAAAAACCUCAACUUCCUUCGGCAACUGAACAAAUGACCCUCAGUACCUUUGAAGGAAGGAGAUCCUUCGACGCAACCCCAGCCAAUCAAAUAUCUGACCCUCUCAACCCUCCAGAUGAGGAUGUUUCAGACGAAGAGCUCCUCACAAAGGAUGCUUUCUUAGUCUUCAGAGCUCUAUGCAAGCUCAACAUGAAAUCUCUUCACAAGGAUAGUGAAAAGGAGAUUCGCUCACCGGAUUUCAGAUCCAGAUUGCUCAGUUUACAUCUCAUCAAAACCAUUCUCAACACCCAUAUUAAUGUCCUCCUUGACAACAGGAUUGUUUUACACAGUUCAAACUCAGAUGAGCCUACUCAACUCUUCAACGCUGUCAAACAAUACCUUUGUUUGAGUUUGUCGAGAAACGCUCCAAGCUCCAUACCACAGCUUUUCGAGUUGUGUUGUCAGAUCUUUUCUAGAAUUCUAGAAAGCAUGCGCAUGAACAUGAAGCGUGAGAUCGAGGUGAUACUUCGCGAGAUUUUCCUCCCAAUCUUGGAACUCAAAGAGAGCUCAUCCAAUAAGCAAAAAACUAUCCUCUGCUCAACAAUUCUCAAGAAUCUUUGUCAAAACCCACAAGCCAUUGUUGAGCUUUACUUGAAUUACGAUUGUGACAAACAUAGUCUGGAAAAUAUCUACGAGCACUUGAUGAAUGCUCUCUCCAAAGUCGCAUCGGCACACCUUCCACCAGGUCCAAAGGAGGCUGUUGGUACGAGCACAUCUGAGGCUCUAUCUAGCUUUUUUAAACCAUCAAAAAGUGAACUCCCUCCAAGCUUAAACACUGAUGCUCUCACACCCCCGCCCGACGCCAGUCCUAUCACUGCUACUUUCUCAAAUCAAGCCGCAGUACAAGCACACAUUUUAGAUGUUGCCGUUAAGAGACAAGCGUUGGAUUUGAUUAGAGGUGUACUUAGCAGCCUCGUAUCAUGGGCUGAACGUGGUGCUCUACCUGUUGCUGCCGUCUCCGAAGAGGCUCCACAGUCACAGGAAGCAUCUCCACCCGUGGGCGUUGCAGAGUUUUCCAAUGCAAUUCCAACACCGGACAUCGCAAACACGUUUGAUUUUACCAAUGCAGACGAUCCAACACAAUUCGAGAGCGCAAAGGCACGCAAAAACGCUCUGGUCGAGGGUAUAAAGGGUUUCAACUUUAAGCCUAAAAAAGGUGUAUCAUUUCUCCUCGAACACGGCUUUAUCAACUCCAACAAACCGCAAGAUAUCGCUUACUUCCUCUUAACAACUGAAGGUCUCAACAAGGCUCAGAUUGGUGAGUAUCUUGGUGAGGGUGAAGAGGAGAAUAUUGCCAUCAUGCAUGCAUUCGUCGAUGCAAUGAACUUUAACGAGAUGUCCUUUGUUACAGCUUUAAGAGCAUUCCUGCAAGCAUUCAGACUACCAGGAGAGAGUCAAAAAAUUGACAGAUAUAUGCUCAAAUUUGCGGAAAGAUACGUCCAGCACAACCCAUCAACAGUCUUUGCCAAUGCCGACACAGCCUAUGUGAUGGCAUAUUCUGUCAUUCUUCUCAAUACUGAUGCUUAUAAUCCACAAAAUAAGCGUAGAAUGACCAAAGAAGAGUUUAUCAAGAACAACAGGGGUAUCAACGACGGCAGCGACCUUCCUGAAGACUAUCUGAUUCAAGUAUACGAUGAUAUACACUCGGACGAGAUUAGAAUGAAGGAUGAAAUGCAUCUCCACAACGCCCCUCCACCACCCAACAGCAACAUAGUCAAUGUCCUAAGCGGUGCCGACAAGAGCUAUCAAAGGGAGCAAAAUUCAAUGCGCUCCGAGGGUAUGGCUAAUAAGACUGAAGCACUUUUUAAAUCCAUGUUAAGAGCCCAACGUCGCAGUGGUAUCAAGAAUAGCGAGACUUACUUUAGUGCAUCGCACUAUGAGCACGUCAAACCAAUGUUUGAAGUAGCUUGGAUGGCUAUUCUUUCAGCAAUGUCUGGUCCCCUUCAAGAUAGCGAUGAUAACGAGACUGUUGUGAUUUGUUUGCAAGGUUUCGCGAGUGCAAUUAAGAUUUCUUGUCUCUUUGAUUUGGAGUUGGAGCGCAACGCGUUCGUUACUAUGUUGGCAAAAUUCACUCACCUCAACAAUCUUGCUGAAAUGAAACCAAAACAUGUAGACGCUGUGAAGGUGUUGCUUGAGGUGGCGAUGCAUGAAGGCAACUAUUUGAAGGGCAGUUGGAAGGAAAUUUUAGGUUGCGUUAGUCAGCUUGAGCGUUUCCAUCUGAUUAGCAAUGGUGUUGAUCUAAGUGCCGAAAAUAAUGACGUUGGUGGACGACCAAGAUCUGGCAGCACUACGCGCAAGUCUUCAAACAUCCCACGUCAUCUAGUCCCCGCCGAAUCUGUCGCUGCAGACGGUAGAGCUUUGCAGGUUACCGGUCGCGGUGAUAUGGUGUUUGCAGCAACUCAAAUGCUUUCGGGUGAUGCCAUGGUCGACUUUUCACAAGCUCUGGCGGAGGUAUCGUGGGCGGAGAUUCAGCAAUCUGGCAGUCAACAGCAUCCACGUCUCUUCAGUUUGCAAAAACUGGUUGAUAUUUGCUACUACAAUAUGAAUCGUAUACGUUUGGAGUGGAGCAAGAUUUGGUUAAUCUUGGGAGACCACAUGAAUAAGGUCUGUUGCCAUCCCAAUCCAUCCGUUAGCUUCUUCGCUAUCGAUGCAUUGAGACAGCUUGCGAUGCGCUUUCUUGAGAAGGAGGAGCUUGCCCACUUCAAGUUCCAGAAAGACUUUUUGAAGCCAUUCGAACAUACCAUGAUCCACAAUCCGAACGUAGAUGCAAAAGAUAUUGUCCUACGUUGUCUUCAACAAAUGCUCCAGGCACGCUCAGUCAAUAUACGCUCCGGUUGGAGGACACUAUUUGCCGUAUUUGCAGCAGCUGCCAAAUCCUCAAGCGAGAGAAUAUGCUUACACGCAUUCGAUAUCGUUUCCAGUAUAGAGAAGGAGCAUCUCGGCUACUUGAUCAAGUUUGGAUCAUUCAGUGACCUCUCAGUGUGUAUUACGGAUUUCUGCAAAGUUCCAUUCCAGCGGGUCAGUCUGCAAGCCAUGCAGCUGCUUCGCUCAACCAUCAACUCAAUGCUGACAGCGCCAGAGUGUCCCCUUAGCAGAGGCGACGUUGGAUUCUCUCAAUCAGGCGACCAGCACCAACCACCCGCAGACGACCCAAUGGUGAUAUUUUGGUACCCUAUGCUCUUCAGUUUCUACGAUAUCGUCAUGAACGGUGAGGAUCUUGAGGUGAGAAACAUUGCACUUGACUCGCUCUUUUCUACAUUGAAGAUUCACGGUUCUUCAUUCCGCGUCGACUUCUGGGAUACAGUCUGUCAGAAGAUUUUAUUUCCUAUUUUCUCAGUCUUGAAAUCGCCCGUUGAUUUGAGUAGAUUUAACACACACGAAGAUAUGACAGUUUGGUUGUCGACAACCAUGGUACAAGCCUUGCGUGAUAUGAUCGAUCUUUACACUCAUUACUUUUAUAUAUUGGAGAGCAAGAUGGAAGGUUUAUUGGAGCUUCUGAGAGCAUGCAUUUGCCAAGAAAACGACACGCUUGCUCGUAUUGGUUCAUCUUGUUUACAGGCAUUGAUUGAAAGCAAUGCUGACAAAAUGAGCGAAGAGCGCUGGGAGACGCUUACUACAAUGUUUACCACACUUUUCCAAAACACACUCGCUAGCGAGCUGUUCAAUGAGUCAUUGAGACAAGGUUUGGAUAUAGCUGACCAGCCACCAGCUGAGCCAAAUCAAAGUGGAUUCACUCUACCACUCCCACUAGCAUCACCUUCAAUUGAAGAAGGAACGGUAUUGAAAUCUACAGAAAGACGCACACUCUUUAAGCAAAUUAUCACAAAAUGCGUACUGCAAUUGCUACUCAUUGACACAAUCAGAGAAUUGCUUUUCAACGACAAGGUUUACAUAUCUAUACCACCAGCCCAACUGCUCCGAUUUGUUCAACUUCUCGAUGAAAGCUAUAGAUUUGCGAAUGCUUUCAACAAUAAUCAGGAUCUCAGAAUGGGGUUAUGGAAGGUAGGUUUUAUGAAGCAGCUUCCAAAUCUCCUUAAGCAGGAGAGCAGUAGCGCAUCUACACUCAUUACACUGCUCAUCAAAAUGUACAAAGAUACCCGUCAACAACACGUUGACCGUAGACAAGACAUAUCAGAGGCUUUGAUUCCAUUCGGGUUGAGUGUUAUUGAUGGCUUCAAUGAACUCGACUUUGAAACUAAGCAAAGAAACAUCGCGGCGUGGACACCAGUGGUUGCCGAAAUCAUUUCUGGUGUUUGCUACUUUGAAGAUGAAGACUUUGACAAAUAUCUGUCAAAGGUGUACGCACCAAUCACUGAUAUUUUGACAAAAGACAUGGGCGCAGAAGUGAGGGAAAGUUUGCGCAAGUUCUUUACCAGAGUUGGUAGAGCAAAGGUCGUUUGA